GCACAUAAGCGGCAGGGCACUCAGGUCCACCGGAGCACACAGACCUACACAUACACAUACACCUAAGACACUUGUCACAUCCACACAAAAAUACACACACACACACACCCUCCCACCAUCCAAGCCACCCUGUGCGACCUCUCACCAUUGGCAAAGUCCUGGAGCCCUCAGCAUCUCCAUCACGGCUGAAGGGACCAUUUGGGAAAGCAGGAGACAGAGGUGGAUUAUGAGGAUGCUUGUGCGUCUCGUGUUGGGACUUUUCGUCCUCAAAGCGGCGUUAGCCAGUCCCAGAUUUGCCCGACAAUCAGACCCGGAUUCAUACGACGACGGAAACUACGAGGACAACUUUGAAGUCAUCUAUGAUUAUGAUGAAGAACCGACAGUUGGUGGGCUUGAGACAGAGACAGAAACACGAAAUGAACUGGACUAUGGCUACCCACCAAAGGAGGAGGAGGAGGAAGAGGAAGAGGAAGCAGAGGAGCAUGUAGGAGAGGGAGAAGAGGAGGAGGGAGCAGAGGAGCACAUAGAAGAGGGGGAAGAGGAGGAGGGAGCAGAGGAGCACGCAGAAGAGGGGGAAGGAGAAGAGCACGGAGAAACUGAGGAAGGAGCAGAGGAGCACGUAGAAGAAGGGGAAGCGGAGGAGCAUGUCGAAGAAGAGCAGCCCCUAAAACCCCAACWCAUCCCCCAGGGUUCUGGGGGUUCUGGUGUCCUCAUGGGCCCAGACACACAAAAAGAGGUGGAGCUGCAUCAGACGUCUGUUGAUACUCUUCAUGUCUCCGGGGAUUUUGGUGGCUCCGUGGGGUCAGAAGCCUCGGGAGCUUCCGGAGCCUCUGGGUCUGGAGGCUCAGGGGACAUGCUGGUCUCUGGAGCCUCUGGGAGCUCGGGUGAUAUUAUCCUCAUGUCCGGAGCCUCCGAAGAGCUGAUUAGUUCUGAAGGAUCCGGGGAAUUCUUAUCUGGAGACGUCCAGAUAUCUGGGUAUUUUCCAGGAUCUGGAGAUUUAAUUGGAUCGGGAUCCGGAGAUUUAAUCGGAUCGGGAUCCGGAGAUUUAAUCGGAUCGGGAUCCGGAGAUUUAAUCGGAUCGGGAUCCGGAGAUUUAAUUGGAUCAGGAUCCGGAGUUUUAAUUGGAUCGGGAUCCGGAGAUUUAAUUGGAUUGGGAUCCGGAGAUUUAAUUGGAUCGGGAUCCGGAGAUUUAAUUGGAUCGGGAUCCGGAGAUUUAAUCGGAUCAGGAUCUGGAGAUAUAAUCAGAUCAGGAUCUGGAGAUAUAAUCGGAUCAGGAUCCGGAGAUACCACUGAAUCUGAUGGUUCUGUUGUUUCCGGAGAUGUUGCCUCUGGAGAAUAUGAGGUUGUCACAGAACUCCCAAUUGGCUCUGGAGGAUCCGGGGACCAGUCUGGUUCUGGGUUUUCCGGAGAUCUUUUAAUCUCAGGGGGCUCUGGAAUCUCUGGGGUUUCUGGAGACUCUGCUGAAUCUGGUCAAUCAGGGAUAACUUUAAUAUCUGGAGAGGAGGAGCGGCCCUUCAUUACUGAAACUGGUCCCCAAGAAGCAUCGGGUAUUUCUGGGGAGAUCUCUGGAGCUUCGGGAAUCUCUGGGGCUUCAGGGGAUAUUGACACUUCUGGAGGUUUAGAGGUCUCUGGAACCUCAGGGAUGUCUGGUGUCUCUGGUUCUGGAGACAUUGGUGUCCCUGAGGUAGUAACUCUACUCCCUGAACCCGAAGAGGAGGAGCUGCUUCCAACCACACCAGAACCCUCUCAGGAGGGAAAAACCAGUAUAGAGGAGACAGUGAGCUCUGGUGAGCCAGAGGAGCCUGAUGAGGAAGUGGUUGACGCAAAAGGUAUGCCCGUCUGCUUGCUGUGCACGUGCCUCGGAGGUUCCGUCUACUGUGACGACUUGAAGCUGGACGGCGUUCCACCGCUGCCCAAAGACACCACUCACUUCUACGCUCGCUACAACAAAAUCACAAAGAUCAACAAGUCCGACUUCGCCAACAUGAACAAACUGAAGAGGAUCGACUUGACUGCCAACGAGAUCUCGUCCAUCGAUGAUGGGGCCUUUAUGGGUCUGCCUGAGCUGGAGGAGCUGAUCAUUAGAGAAAAUCACCUCRGGCAGCUGCCCACUCUCCCAGAGACCAUGAAGCUGAUUGACGCCAGCCACAACUACAUCGGCUCAAAGGGUAUUCAUAAAGAGGCAUUCAAAGACAUGACUAGGCUUUUGUAUUUGUACCUAACGGACAACAACAUUGAUUACAUCCCAGUGCCGUUUCCAGACAGCCUGCGAUCUUUACAUCUACAGCGAAACAACAUUCAAAUGAUGCACGAGGACACAUUCUGCAACCUGAACGACUUUAACUACAUCCGGAACGCGCUGGAAGACAUCCGCCUGGAUGGGAACCCCAUCAACCUCAGCAAAACUCCGCAGGCGUACAUCUGCCUGCCUCGCAUACCCAUCGGGAAUCUCAUUUAACCAAGACUUCCACCCAAAUGCAACCACGUGCACACAGAUUUGUACAUACCUACACACAGACUUAAAAACGAGUUCACAAGCUACAGAUGGCAAUCACGUGUUUUCAACUUGUCAUUCAUGCUGCUGACGUAAACCUGCAAAAACUGUGUGUAAACUGUUUUAUUAUCCGCCAAAAAAAACCACAAAGAUUACUACCCAUUUCAUGACAACCAUGCACAUAUGCACUGCUCUACCUUCUGCCUGGUCUGCAGACGUUUGUCUCAAGCACAGCAGCACACUUGUAUAUUAAGGUACAUCAAAAGCAGACGAGAAAUCUCUCAAACCGCUCAACAACUUGAUCAAAACGUACGUUAUGUUCUGAGUCUUUUUAUAGCUCACAAUCAAUAACCAACUGGUAACGCAUUGUUUAAAUACGUUUGUUUUGUAAAAAUAAAAAAAUAAGACUAAUCUAACACYUCUGACAAUGUAUACUAGCAUAAAUCCGUUGACGCUGGAGCUUAACGAAAGGUAAAUUGAAUAUCUAAUACAAUAAAACAUGCAUUUAAACAGAACUGCUGGUUGUACAGUUUGUACUGUAAUAUAAAAAUAGAAAUAUUCUAAUGUUUUUAACAUGAACUGCAAUAACUGGUAGUCAUGCUUUAACCAUGUACAAUAGCCAACACCGAGAAGUUUAUUGUCCAUCGACAAUCAAUAAAAAAACUAUUGUUUCUGGGAGGUGAGGUUGUUGUUUUUGGUUCUGGAUGGGGUUAAAAAUAAGAGCUUGCUGUUGUGUGAUCUGAAUGGAAUAAAAGUGAAUAAAGUCAUAAAGUCCUCUCCA